CCACCAUGCUGGACUUUGCCAUUUUCGCCGUCACCUUCCUGUUGAUCCUGGUGGGAGCCGUGCUUUACCUCUGCCCGUCUUCCCGACAAGCUUCAGGAAUCCCAGGGAUCACUCCAACGGAUGAAAAGAAUGUCUUUAGAUUCAUUUGGAUUAGCAUCACACACCCUGUAAUUAAUGCAAGAUUGAUUGCAUUUUUACUCUCUCUUUCAGCGGACCCCUUUGAAACGAUGUUAAAGUCCUUGUUGCAGUAUCAGUCUGGCCUGGGUGGAGACAUGGCUGAGAGCUGCUUGAGGAAAAAACUGUAUGAAAAUGGUGUCACCAAGCUGCUGCCGAGCAAUUUUCCUGUCAUCCAGAAGUUGUCAGAAGAAUUGCUAACAAAAUGGCUAACCUUCCCUGAGUCUCAGCAUGUGCCCCUCAGUCAACAUAUGUUAGGUUUUGCAAUGAAGGCUGUUGCACAGACUGCUAUGGGCAGCAGGUUUGAAGAUGAUCAGGAAGUCAUCCGAUUUCGUAGGAACCAUGAUGUGAUCUGGGCAGAAAUUGGAAAGGGUUUCUUAGAUGGUUCACUUGAUAAAAGCAUGACCAGAAAAAAGCAGUAUGAAGAUGCCCUGAUGGAAAUGGAGCUCGUCUUGAAGAAAGUCAUAAAAGAACGACAAGGAAAGAGCUUCAGCCGACACAUCUUCAUAGAUUCUUUACUACAGGGGAAUCUGAGUGACAAGCAGAUUUUGGAGGACACCAUGAUCUUCUCUCUGGCAGGAUCCAUAAUCACUGCGAAAUUGUGUACCUGGGCAGUCUAUUUGUUAACUACCUCAAAAGAAGUCCAGCAAAAGCUUUACAAGGAGUUGGAUCAGGUUCUUGGGAAGAGCCCUGUUACACAUGUGAAAAUUGAACAACUUAGGUAUUGCCGGCAGGUUUUGAAUGAGACAGUGAGGACAGCAAAACUAACGCCAAUUGCUGCUCGGCUUCAAGAGCUGGAAGGCAGAGUUGAUCAGCAUCUGAUUCCCAAGGAGACUCUUGUUUUAUAUGCUCUUGGUGUGGUCUUGCAGGACAGCUCAGUCUGGCCGUUGCCCUACAAAUUUGAUCCAGAUAGAUUCAGUGAUGAAGCUGCUGUAAAAAAUUUCUCUCUCCUGGGUUUUUCAGGAAGUCAGGAAUGCCCUGAACUGAGGUUUGCCUAUACAGUUGCCACGGUUCUUCUGAGCGUGAUUGUGAGGAAACUCCACCUGCAGCCUGUGGAAGGCCAAGUCAUUGACACGAAGUAUGAGCUGGUUACCUCACCCAAGGAAGAAGCAUGGAUAACCAUAUCCAGGAGGAACAAAGGAGAGGAGUGAAAUUGUUGGGGAGAAGAACUCUUUUGCACUACUGACCAUCUUCCAAUGCUUCCUUUGAAUCGUCGUAAGGCAUUCUUGGCCUAAAAUAUUUUCCUUCCUUCAUAAAAAAUUCCUUGGAUCCCCUAAACAAAUCUGUAGGAUUAAUGGGAAAACUGAACCUUGUGAGGCAAUGAUUAAUUUGCCCCUCACUUUCCAUUAACCAGAGCAGCAAGAAGUUGCAUAUUCUGACCUAGAGGUCCUCAGCCAUAAAAACCAAGUGUAAGCAGUAACAUUGUGGAAAUGCGUUGUGCAUUUGGAUAUAGGAGCUUUUUUAAAACCUAUUUUUAAAUGAAGUAUCACUCAAGUUUUGAGUUAUAGCAGAGAAAAAACUAAAGGUGAACCGUUGCUCUAAAUUAAGAUCCAAUAUGAGUAAUGGGUUCAUGCAAUUCAAUAAAAAUGGCGGAAGCACACUUCAAUUAAGAAACAUUCCUGUGUCAGUUGAUUAUUUCUCUUUCUUUCUGUCAGGCUUGGGUAGAAAUGUUAGUCAUAACUGCAACCCACUACAAAUAAUGGGAGCAAUUUAUUGGCAGUGCAACUUAACAUAUAUUCCAUUGUUUUUAAUGGGAUGCAGUCACAGUUAAUUUUGAGGCCAAGGUGACAUUUGGGGUGGGGAGCUGGAACAAAAUUAGCACUGCUCAUUCUAGACUCAAUGUAUCUUUCUUUUUUUUUAAAAAAAAAUCUGGGUUCCUUGUCUUGAGAGAUGGGAAAGAUGGCAUGCUAUUUUUUUGUUCUUUCUUUUCUUUGCUAUAUAAGUGUUGAAGCAAUUGCACUGCCAGUGCAUUAUGAUUUUUUUAGUAACAGUUUUGAUCAAAAUGAUCUAAAGCAGUCUUUAUGUGUAAUUAUGUGAAUUAACCUAUUAUUUGUCAGUUGUUCCAAGGGGAGUUUCACAUUCAUCUAUACCUUUUUUAUAGAACAGUGCUGUCACUCUGCCUUUCCUAUUGCUGAAUUUAAUAGCAAUCUUACCUACUAUUUAAAUAGUAAACUAUAAUAUAGAAAAACCAAAACCAGUAAAUUGACUAUACAGGACAAUAGUUUGGAAUAGCAACCUGGGGGUUUUGCUUUCUCUUAGAAUGUGUGAUUCAACUUAACGUUUGGUGGGGAGUCAUAUUUGUUAUUUUACAAAACCAUGCUUUAAAUUUGUAGGGGGAGGGGGCUUAUUUGACACACUUAUCUGUCUCUGGACAGACUGCAUGUAUGAAAAGUGAAGAUGUGUGUAGGUGAGUGCUUGGAUAGAUCUUCCUUUUUUGUACGGGUGUAAAAUGAGAGAAGUUAAUCUUCAGGUAUUUUCCAGCAUAGCCAUUCUCCAGUAUUCUGAAGUCUACAUUUAAUUAGAUUACUUUGCAAAAUGAUAAAAGUAAUAUACAUCAGAACUGUAUAGCUUUAGGUUAAUGUAUGAGCCAUGAAACAGUUGGAAGAAACUGCUGAUAUUGGUGAUUAUUGCUGCUUGUUACACUUCAAUAGCUAUAUAUUUUAACUUUUUCUGGAAGGAAUUCAUGGGGUGAGAGUGCAAGUAGACAAUGGACUGGUCUUGAAAGUUUUUUUAAGGUUCUUGCCAAGGAGAUCUUGUUGUACAACAGUAUAACCCAAGUAAAUACACCAACAUUAUCUUAGACAUCCUGUUUAAUAAAAUCCUGUUCUUAUUUGCCAUCA